UCGAUAAUCGGUGGGAAACGAAACAGACAAGAUGGUGGACUCACAACACUUUUGCCUGCGGUGGAACAACUACCAGAGCAGCAUCACCAGCGCAUUCGAGAACCUUCGGGACGAUGAAGACUUCGUAGACGUCACCCUGGCCUGUGACGGAAAGAGUUUAAAAGCACACAGGGUCGUCCUAUCAGCAUGCAGUCCUUACUUCCGGGAACUACUAAAAUCAACGCCGUGCAAACACCCGGUGAUCGUACUCCAGAACGUGGCGUUCACGGACCUGAACGCGCUGGUAGAGUUCAUCUACCACGGCGAGGUCAACGUGCACCAGCGCAGCCUGUCCUCCUUCCUCAAGACGGCCGAGGUGCUCCGCGUGUCCGGCCUGACCCAAAAUGAUGACGCGCAGGGGCCGUUGGUGCAAAGCAUCGCCCGCGCUGCCGCCGCAGCGGCGUCAUCCCCUCACACUCCCCCCCACCCCGCACACACCCCCCACACUCCACAUACGCCCAGCUAUACCGAGAAACUCGAGGAAGCUCUCCUGCAUCCCCCCUCAAUAAUGCGCCGUAUCGCCCUGCCCACGCGCCGCAUGUCCCGCUCGGCGGACAACUCCCCUGACGUCAUCAAACGCGUGCGCCACGACAACAACAACGACCAGCCGCAGAUCCACGACUUCUCCACAAAGAACCACUCGAUGAUAAACAACACGCGCGCUCACGAACAAGGCAAUGGGAACGGGAUCUCGAAUUCCAGCUCGUCACCGUCUCCACGGCUGAUGGACGAAGUGAAGAACGAGCCGCUUGACAUGAUCUGCCAGUCCAACGCGGACAUCGACAGGAGCACAGACGACACGCCGCCACAUUCCCACCACAGACCACUUGGAUGCGGCCCGCCUUCCCGCGCGAGCUCCGCCGAAGCAGACGACCGCACACCGCCACCGCAUCUGCAACCCUCGCCGUUCAUAUCGCCCGCCGACUCCAAGCUCUUCGUGCCAUCACAGCAUAACUACAACUACAGCAUGACGGCGCUCUCUGAUCCUUCACUUUCCGGUCUGCAGAGUCCGCUGGCUCCAGACGGCAUGGCGAGCACAUCUCAAGUGGGCCCCUUGGGGGCGGGUCACCGAUGCGAGGUGUGCGGCAAGCUGCUGUCCACGCGCCUCACGCUCAAGCGGCACACGGAGCAGCAGCACCUGCAGCCGCUGCACUCGGCGCGCUGCGGCCUGUGCCACAAGGUGUUCCGCACGCUCAACUCGCUCAACAACCACAAGAGCAUCUACCACCGCCGCCAGCGCGGCCUGCCGCAGCCGCCCGCCCCGCCGCUGGCGCCGCCGCCCGUCGACGCCAAGCCGCACCAGGCCCACGCCAUCGACUUCUACAAGUUCAAGGACCAGUUCAACGUCUAA